AUGACCGCUGGCCACAACUGGAACCCCCGCGCGCGCCACUGCUCUAAGCGCGCCCCCGUGACCAGUCCGCGGACAGCAGACUUUACUCUACAGUGUCAAGAAAAAAUGGCGUCGAGGAUACUGCGGCUCCCACUGCUGAGGGCUCUCAACAACAACCCCAGCACGCUGGCCCGGAACGGUGUGAAGACCUCCAACAUGACGGGGGCCGCUCAAAGCAGAACUAUAGUGUCAACAUCAUCUGGUGGGAUCCUGCCCAAACCCGACAAAACACCCUUUGGUCUCAUUCGCAUGACAGUGGUGGUGGUGCCUUUCCUUUAUGUGGGAACGUUGAUAAGCAAGAGCUUCGCCGCUCUGUUGGAGGAGCACGAGAUCUUUGUCCCAGAGGACGAUGACGAUGAUGACUAA